CCGAGGCAGAAGGACAUCCCGCCCUGCUCAGACUAUAUGAGUUAAGAGUCACAGCAAGACACACCUCAUGGGUCUGCAGACGAUCCGGCAAACACAGGUGCAGGGACAGUUCCUCUCAUGCACAUGCAUGCCAGUUUCCUGAUUGAGUUUUCACGACUUUCCAAAAAUUCUGUCAUUGUUUUCUUUCUGUGAUUCAAAGAGGACUGGGAACUGCAAACUCUGGGAUGGCACAAUCUCACACAAGUUACUGUACAACAAGAGAAGAAGUUACAUCUAAGUGGUCAAAUGUAAUUAAGAACAGUGUACAGAUUGCAACAGAACCCAAACAAACAUACCUGCUGAACACAGCCAAGAUAGCACUGAAUAAAGAUGGAACAGCCAGGAGAUACACGUUUGGAAGAAAGGACCUCAAAAAGAACAGGACAAUCAUGAUGGUGGGAGAAACAGGAACAGGGAAGUCUGCGCUCAUCAAUAUGAUGGUCAACUACAUGCUGGGUGUAAAGUGGGAAGACAAGAUCAGGUUUGAAAUCAUUCCAGAUGAAAGCAAAACACCUCAAACUGAAUCUCAAGCCACUGUGAUUACUGCCUAUGAGAUUUUUGGGCUGGAGGAACUGUCUGUUCCUUUUUCCCUCACAGUCAUUGAUACGCCAGGUCUGGAUAAAGAUAAAAACAUUGCUCAGAAUCUGUACACAUUCUUGGAAUCUUUAAGUGAUGUUCAACAAAUAGAUGCAGCUUGCUUCAUGGUGAAGUCUUCUCAAUUUCGCCUAAGUCCCAGCCAGAAAUACAUCUUUGAUGCCAUUCUGUCUAUCUUCGGGAAGAACAUGGAGAAAAACUUCAUGAUUCUCAUCACCUUCUCAGACUGGAUGCCACCUCUAGCUCUUCAGCUAGUUUCUGAGUCUGGUGUACCUUUCCUCAAAGAUGAAAAAAAUGACCCUGUUCACUUCCUGUUCAACAACUUUCCUCCUCAGACGUUUGCUAAGACAUACGAAGAAACAUUUAAAAAAGCCUGGGAUAAUGGAGCAGAGAGCUUCAGAGAGUUUUUUAAGGCUUUAGAUAAAUUGGAGCCGCGAAGCUUGAAGAUGACCAAAAACGUCUUGAGGAAACGUUGUCGCCUGGAAAAGGAUAUCCGGAACUUGGAGAGUCAGAUUAAAAAGGAGAAGGAGAAGCACAGGGCACUUGAGGAGCUGCAGAAAAGACUGAAAGAGUACAAAGAGGACAUGAGGACAAGUAACACCUAUCAGAAUACAUGCGCAGCUGAGCAACAUGCAACUUCCAGCACUGUGUCUGAGGCAAACCGCCACACUCCAUGGUGUUCCUGUAUAUACUCAAUGUGGGGUUUUAUAAGGCGUCUUGUAAUUGCUAUGUAUAGGAGAAUUGGAAGAUUAAUGGGAAAUCAAUAUGUAGACUUUCCCGAAACCAGCAGCUCCGAGGGCCACCAAAAAAAAGAAGACGAGCCACAAUACGAAGAAAGAAUAAUAACAUAUGAGGAUCCUAAAAAAAAUGCCGAGUGCAAACUAGACACAGACAUAUCCAGAAUUAAAAAAGAGCUGAAGGACAUAGAGGCUGUGAAGACCGAACUGAUGGAGAGUUGUUACCAGUCCGUUCUCGAGCUUGAACAGCUUGCUCUGAAGCUUGAUUCAGGUUCUACUCCUCAGAGCGUUCUCAGGCUGAUUGAAAUGCUGAGGGAGAACGAAGACACAGAGAAGGCGGAAACGCUGCAGGUGAUGCUGACGAGAUUAGCACGCACGGAGAGCACGCGUCUUUAG